ACCCACGUCCAACCCAGAGCUGCCUGUAAGAGGUCUGGGGGGAGCAUGGGGAACCCCGUGAGGGUGGGAGGGGCUCUGUCCUGCUUUCCCAGUGCAGUGGGGAAACUCCAGUCCCGAGUAGGGGUUGUCCCAGCAUCCUGCUGUCAACCUGCCCGGGGCACCAGGCUCUGAGUGCUGAGCACCUUGUGGCGAUCACAGAGCUCUUGUUGCUCUGACUUUGGCUGGAUGUGAGUGCUUUCAGCUGGCAGACAGGAAGGCCAUGCUCAGCUCGGCGUUCUGACAACAGACAGACAGACACAGACACACACACACAGACAGACACAGACAUGCACACAGACACACACACACACAGACACAGACAUACACACACACACAGACACACACACGCUGCGGUUCCACCUCCCGGCAGCGCCGCGGUGCCCCUGGGAGCCACGGAGCGGAGGCUGCGCAGUGCCUGCGCGGUCGGGAGCGGCGGGGAGGGGGUGUGGAAGGCACGGGAACCGCGGGCUGAAGCGGGGGCCGGAGCAAAGAUGCUCCGCAGCUCGCCCAUGGGCCGGGUCGCAGUCGCCGCGCUCGCAGCGGGCAGAGCGCGGCACGCAGAGCAGCACGUGCUGCCGGCCCUGCCCUGCCCUGCGCUACUGCGGCGGUGCCGGGAGCAGAGCCGUAGGGCCGCGGAGCUGUUGGGAAGGGAAGCCCAUGCCGGGCUGUCUCAGGUGCUAUGAGGGAUGCGCUGCCGGAAGCGCACGCUGCUGGGGCUGGCCCUGUGCCUGCCGCUCGGUCUGUGGCUGUUGUUCCGGGCCUCCGUGUCCGGCCUAGGCCUCUCUCCUUCCCUCCCCACCGUCAGCUGCACCGCCAGCUUCAACGCCUCCGCCUGGUUCAGCGCGCGCUACGAUGCGGCUGUGGGGCCUCUGCUGAGCGGCCCGGCCCACGAGCUCUCCCCGGACGUGGUUCACUGGUGGCUGACCCUGCAGGGCCCCUCCAGCAUCGCCCCGCUCCAGGCCAUCAUCCGGAAGCUCUUUGCUGUCCUCCCGGCCCCCAAUGGCAGCAUAUGGGACCCGUCACGCUGCAGGACGUGUGCCGUGGUGGGCAACUCGGGGCGGCUGAAGGGGUCCCGCCAUGGCCCGCAGAUCGAUGCCCACCACUGGGUGCUGAGGAUGAACAGAGCUAAGACAGCGGGCUUUGAGGUGGAUGUCGGUGCGAGGACAACCCAUCACUUCAUGUACCCAGAGAGUGCGAUGAACCUCUGGCCUGGCGUCCACCUUGUCCUCGUCCCCUUUAAGCCUCUGGAUCUCAAGUGGGUGACCAGCGCCUUCUCCACAGGAGAGCUCACACACACCUACACAAGAGUGAAGCAGUUCAUCAAAGCUGACAGGAACAAGGUGCUGAUCCUGAGCCCAGCCUUCCUCAAGUACAUCCAUGAGAACUGGACGGAGCACCAUGGCAGGUCUCCGUGUUUGGCUUUGGGGCCGACAGCAAAGGGAACUGGCAUCACUACUGGGAAGAAAACCGCUGGUCUGGAGCCUUCCGCAGAACAAGGGUCCACGAUGCUGAUGUUGAAUUCAGCCUCAUCCAGAGACUGGCAGCUGAAGGCAGAAUAUUAUUCUAUCAGUGACACGCACUCAAGAAACGAGGCCAAGCCGUUAGCACAAGAACCGGCGGCUGCAGCAGCUCUUUAGCUUGCUUCUGCCCCUCGCUGGCUGGGGCAGCCUACGCUUGGUGCGUGCUGUGCUGGUCCCACCAGCUCAGCACGGCGGACAGCAGUGAGCAUGAAUGGCAGUAGAGCUCUGCUAAGCCUGAGAGAUAUCUGCUUGGUACCUACCUUGGUCUUCUCCAGAGAGGACACAGAGGGGCAGGAGGGGGGCAAACCCCGUGCUUUCAGAGCCCUCAGUUCAGGUGCUACACAGCAGAGCAGCUGUAACUGGACGGUGCGCACACAGCCAGCUGCCAGUGCAGCUCUCAGGGGAUGGAGCUGAGAUGUCCACCCUCUGAUGGCACAUGGGGAAGUUCUUUGGGCAGGCAGAGAGUCUUAACAGAACUAAGGAAUAUAUUUUUAUAUUGCACCAAAGGAGAGUAAGAAACGAGAAAAUGAAGCACGCUAAGUCCGAACGCAGCAGAAAUGAGUACAGCUGAAAUGAUAUGUUGAAUAAACUUUGACAGCACA